ACGCCGUCCUCUUCCUCCUCGGCCCCCCUCGCCCCCAGCCGCUGGGCCAAGAUGGCGGCGCUGAGCAAGUCUAUCCCCCACAACUGCUACGAGAUCGGGCACACCUGGCACCCCCACUGCGGGCGGGCCUUCGUGCACAUCACCCAAGGGGCGCUGGGAGAGUCGCUCCGCAUCUAUGGGACCCUUUACCUGAUUGCUGCAAUUCUCCGGAAACGAAAACUUGAUUAUUAUUUGAACAAACUGCUUCCUGAAAUCCUGCAAUCAACAUCCUUUCUUACAGCAAAUGGAAGUCUUUACAUUUUGUUUUUCUGCACUUUAAGGAGAAUAUUUGGAAAAUUCUAUUUCUGGUCUCCUGGUUUUGGUGCUGCUUUACCAGCGUCCUAUAUAGCUAUUCUUAUUGAAAGGAAGAGCAGGAGGGGUCUGCUUACAAUUUACAUGGCUAACUUGGCCACAGAAACUCUAUUUCGCAUGGGAGUAUCAAGAGGAACAAUUACUCCUUUAAGACAUGGAGAGGUCCUUUUAUUCUGUGUAACAGCUGCCCUGUUUAUGUUCUUUUUCAGAAGCAAGGAUGGUUUGAAAGGAUUUACAUUCUCAGCACUAAAAUUCAUUGUAGGGAAAGAAGAAAUUCCCACCCAUUCAUAUACACCAGAAGGAGCUUUUCUAAAGAAAGAGAGAAAAAUAAAACACUGCAAAGAAAUAACACAACAAAUGAAUUUUAUUGCUGCAACAAAGAAAUUGGUGGACAAUAUAUGCAAAAAUGGGCCAAGGCACAGAUGCUGUAAACACUACGAAGAUAAUUGCAUCUCAUAUUGCAUUAAAGGCUUCAUUAGGAUGUUUAGUGUUGGUUACUUGAUCCAGUGUUGCCUUCGCAUCCCAUCAGCAUUCCGACAUCUGUUUACAAAACCAUCCCGGUUGCUCUCACUCUUCUACAACAAAGAAAAUUUCCAGCUUGGAGCUUUCCUUGGGUCAUUUGUCAGUAUAUACAAAGGUACAAGCUGUUUCCUGCGAUGGGUGCGGAACUUGGAUGAUGAAGUCCACGCGCUCAUUGCAGGGUCCCUGGCAGGAUUGUCAAUGAUGUUUUACAGAAGUACAACUAUUUCAAUGUACCUGGCUUCCAAACUAGUAGAGGCCAUGUAUUUCAAAGGCAUUGAAGCUGGAAAGGUUCCUUAUUUCCCUCAUGCAGACAGUAUAAUCUAUGCUGUAUCCACAGCCAUCUGCUUCCAAGCAGCUGUGAUGGAAGUUCAGAACCUGAGACCUUCAUACUGGAAAUUCCUAUUGAGAUUAACAAAAGGAAGAUUUGCUGUCAUGAACAGAAAAGAAUUGGAUGUAUUUGGCACUGAAGCAUCUAAGCAUUUUAAGGAUUUUGUUCUAAAACUCGACCCAAGAUAUACAACUGUUCCACCAGAGAUACCUAUUGAAAAGUCUUGGAACUGAUAAAUCAGCUUGUGAUUAUGUCUUACCAGUGGCUGUCCUAAAGAAUUAAUUAACUUAACAGUCAAAUGGAUGGAAGAGUGCUUGUGUUCCACAUCAGUAUUGUUUCAGUGAAUUAUGUCACACAAUCAAAAUACUGAAACGCCAUUGCAAGGUGUGGCUUAAUUCCACUUCCCUUCUUAGAUAGAAGCUCUGGAUCACGGUGGCUGGGUGACACAACCUGGUAGAUUUUUUAAUUGCAUUAUAUAUCAAUGAAUUAAUAUAUGAAAAAAAAAAAAAUUAAAAAACCAGAUGUGGUUUAAACGAUACUAUAUAUCCACAAUUCACUUUGAUUCUUUCCAGUAGGUAGCCUUUUUAAAAAUGAUAUUUUUACACUUAGAAAUAAAAAUACAUGAAACAUAUAUGUAUAUGUAUGCUAUAGUUCCAAAUCAGAUUCUAGUGGAAAAGAUUUUCUUUAGAUAGAUUUUUUUUUUUUUUAAUUAAAGAUGAUUAUGGCUCUGAGAAUUGUUUAAAGAGGCAAUAUCAGUACCUUAUUUAUACAACUGCACUGUAUAUAUCCAACUUUAGCUUUGACUACUGCCUUCUAAGAGUAUCAGCUCUACAGAACCCAGUUGCACAUUGAGAGAUGGGAGGGGGAGCAAGUCAGACAUUCGGAACUUUUAAGAGGUCUUGUAAAAAUAAUAGGAAACUAUCACCUCCAGAUAGAAUGUAUCGGUUUUCUGUUUUUGCUGUAUAUGAUUUGAAGAGAAAAAAUUAAAAUAUUCUAA